UACUCUUCUACACCGUGGCGCUGUAACGUGCUGUGGCUGCCUGGAUAUUUUGUCAACAACAGGCAAGGGGCGCCGCCUCCCCCAACAAACAAACGCGCCCAUAAAAGCUUCGACAACCUUCAAGGGUUUCAUCCUCAACCACCAUGUUUUAUCCCUACUACUGGACGUAUCUCUGGGCAGCUCUUGUCAAUGGCAUUGACACCAGGGACCAGGGCCAACUCCCCGCAGUGUGGCCGCCACCUCAGGAAAUCUCCUCGUCCGGCGCAGACAUCUCGCUCAACGAUAAUGUCACCAUUGUAACUGGCAAUUUCACGGACUCUGCCACAAUCGAUGCUGUAAAGGCAAUUGUGGACUCUGCUGGCGGCAAUGCUGUUCUCUCGUCCGAGCCUACAGAUAGUGGCACGCAGAUUGUCGUUGGCACUGACAAGGUUGCUUCCGACGUCGCUGAGGCACUCACGGGUAAAUCUGCAGAAGGCCUCGCUGCUGAAGGCUAUGUCCUCGCAUCGGGCAGCUAUAAGGACCAGCCGAGCAUUGUGCUCAAUGGGAUGGACACGCGUGGUACUUUCUACGCAUCACAGACCCUUCGCCAACUUGUCAGCGAUGACAAUGUUCCAGGUGUGAAGGUGCGCGAUUGGCCGCUCAUGGAGAUUCGAGGCUCGAUCGAGGGGUUUUACGGCGUCCCCUGGUCUCAUCAGGCACGUCUCGACCAGCUUGCUUUCUACGGGAAGCACAAGAUGAACACCUAUAUCUAUACGCCGAAAGAUGAUGUGCUCCUCCGCAACGAGUGGCGUACUCUUUAUGGCGACGACGAAGUUUCCCAGCUCAAGGAGCUUGUCGACGGCGCAAACGAACACCACGUCGACUUCACUUACGCUCUUUCACCUGGCCUGGACCUCUGUUACUCAUCUGAUGACGACUUCAACGCUACUGCAACCAAGUUCAACCAGAUCCGCGAUCUCGGUGUCCACAGCUUCUAUAUUGCUCUCGACGAUAUCCCUCUAGAGUUCCACUGCGACUCGGACAGCGAGAAAUGGGAAGAAACGGACGACUAUCGCUGGAUCGCUGACGCCCAAGCUUACUAUCUGAACCGUGUCCAGAAGGAGUACAUCGAGCCAAACAACCUCAAAGAUCUCCAGACCGUUCCAACGAACUACGCCGGCAGCGCACCAGACCCUUAUAAGGAAGAAUUUGGCACCAAGCUGAAUAAGAAAAUUCGCGUCCAGUGGACCGGGGAAGGAGUCUUCAGUCCCAAUGUGACUGUUGAGAGUGUAUCACGCGCCGCCUCGACCUACGUUACCGACAACCUGUACAUCUGGGAUAACUUCCCCGUCAACGACGGCGAUCGCAACCGCCUCUUCCUCAACCCGCUCACUGACCGUGACUCCGACCUCUACGAGCAUCUUAUAGGCUUCACCUCGAAUCCGAUGUCUCAGGCAUACGCCUCGAUGCUGUCUCUUGCCAACUACGCCGACUACACGUGGAACGGCCCGGCGUACAACGCCAACAAGUCAAUGGAUGCCGUUCUGUUGGAGCUCACAGGCACCGAUAGAAGCGUCCACGAGGCAGUCCUCGCAUUCACUGACCUUAACCAAUACUGGCCAUACCGCGAGCCUGCAGUCCAUUCACCCCAGCUUAACAAGGACAUUGAGGCUUUCUGGGCUGCCCGUAACGCUUCUACUAAAGCCCACUACAAGUAUCGCAAAAACGACGGAACUGAAGCGCUACGCAGCCGCCUUGAACUUCUCACAACGCUCCCUGAUGUUCUUCCCCGCAUGGCCAUGAAGGAGUUCGCCGAGGACGUGGCGCCCUGGUCGAUCCUUGCGAUGCAAUGGGCGACUGCGUGCCAGCACUUGAUUGCCAUGCUAGAUGCGCUUGAUGCUGGCGACAAGAGCACAGCGGACAGCGAGUUCAAGACGGCGCAGACUUGGAUCGAGAAGACCAAGGCCAAGACUGUUGACGAUCGGAAUAGUGAUGGUGAGGAUCUGCCGAACUCGAUUACCCCGGUGACUGGUGAAGAGGCGUUUGGCGGGUUUGCCAACCGGACAAUAGCUAUCCAUAACGAUCAAUAGACAUACCCAGAUUCUUGAGCAGAAUGGGUAUCACCGGAUGCAGCAUCGGUGUUAGGUAGAGAUGUUGGUUGGCCAACUACAUAUACUUUAGCAGUAGUUUACAGCCUUUUUAGCGCUACGCCAAAGACACACAGGCUCAAUUGAAUGUGACUACUUAAAAUACCCCCUUGAA